AUGGAGGAAAUUAAUGACGAUUUAGUGGUAUGUAACGUCUGCUCAAAGGAGUAUGAUAAUGAUAAGCGUAUUCCUAGAGUUCUAUUGUGUCUGCACUCGUGUUGCUCUUCAUGUCUAGACGAUCUUACAGUCAAGCGCGAAGUAGAGUGUCCGAAAUGCAAGACUCGACACGAAUCUACCAACGAAUCUGUCACGGACUUCCCUGUCGAUAGUGCUUCCAGAAAUUUCAUCGAUUUCCUCCGUGUCAAACGAAAACCUACUGAGAUACCAUGUACGGAUUGUCCAGAUGAGGACUUUGCGGAAACGUUCUGUAAAGAGUGUUUUGUUUUUAUGUGUGGUGUUUGCUCCAAUGCUCAUAAACGGACCCAGUUGACGAGGAAGCACAUCAUUACUUCAGUAGAAGACUUACAGGAUUAUGGACUUGACGAAUUCCAUAGGCGUGAUACCUGUGACAAACCUGGCCACGGGGACCAAGUGUACACCUUCUACUGUGAUCGAAGAGGAUGUGACAGACCUGUUUGCACGUUGUGUGCCGUUUGCGACCAUAACCAAACAAACGGACAUCUUAUUAGAAAUCUCAGCGACGUUUAUGAAGAUAGUAAAACAGUAGUUGAAAGCGUCGUUCGUGAACUGAACACAAAGGAAAGCCCUGUAACAGAAUCUAUCGACAUCCUUCAACGUCUUUUGGAUGACCUUGAAGAAAAGGAAAACGAAAUCGAUGAAGAUAUUGAUACAACAUUCAACAACCUCGCCCAGAUUGUUAACGAUAGGAGAAGUCAGCUCCAUAGAGAACUUGAGAAUCAGUGCUUAUCAAAGAAAAAGGACCUUCAACAGAAGCUUAAACACUUGAAGUCAUAUUCCGGAAAUGUUCAAACUGCCAAUGAGUUCGUAUCUCGUGCCAUCUCCUAUACAAAUGCUACAGAAUUUCUACAUUUGAAAAAUACAAUUUUGAGACGGCUACUAGAACUCAAAAAUCUUUCUUUCACUGCCCCUACCAAGGAGGAUGUGACGCUGCGUUUCUACCAGAACCUUAACGAAGAAUCAUUUGUACAGCUUGUAAAAAGCAUAGGCGUUGUAACUUCUCGUGAAAAAGUACCAACUACAAACAACCUCCCACCAAGUCCUCCAGAAAAAGAAAUCACAAAGCAGGAGGAACCAGAGAAGCUGUCUCGACCAUUCAAUACGUAUGCACCUUCAGAUCGCUCAGCAUUUCAGCGCCAAAUUAGCCAGUCUAACCCUGCAGAAAAACCGCUCUUUCCCAGACAAAUAAGUGCUCCAAACCCUGUCUCGGACAAGCCAAUGUAUCAGAAGCAAAUAAGUCUUUCAAGUCCAGUUGAAAAGCCUAUCUUCCAAAGACAAAACAGCCUACCACUGGAUCACGGUCUGAAAGAUGCUCGACAGAGUGUUCGAGAUGACAUCAUAGCUACUCGUCAGUCUCGACAACAGCAGCUACCUCAGUCGCCAACCGUCAACGGGAUUUCAGGCGAGGUUAAUUCAAGAGACAAGUCACCAAAUGGGAGGAUUGGUACGCAGACAGGUCAGGCCAAACCCAAUGGUGAUUUGCAGCGGAAACUGAGACCGGCACCAGCAAACCUAUCAAAGACGGACACCAGGUCUACUCCCAUCGGUCUUGGAGACUUUCUGAAAGAGCUUGAGUGCAAGGGCGAAUUACCUGUUAGGAUGGGUGUUGAGAAGACAGCCCGACCACCACUUUCUGACCCAGGAACCCCAGAGAGGUCAUUCAAACCGAUAGCUCCUACCAACCCCACGUCACCCGCUACCAAGUUCAGCAACACUACCAAAGGAUCAAUUCAAUCACCAAGGUCACCUCGAACUUCUCAUCCUUCAGGUGCUUAUCCAUACGGAGACAAGGGAGUUCUAUUAGGAUUUCAUCACCAUGACAACAGGAGAAAUGUUGAAGGGAAAGAAUUGUUGAAGUCCAUUCAAACAUCUCCAUCAUCGGCAGUUACCUUCGGGGAUGUCAUUUGUCCAAAUUUCGUGUUUGAUGUGGAAACCAUUCACAUGGAAAGGGAGGUAUCUAUCGAUGGAAAACAGCUCCGAAACCGGAAGUCAGGUAGUCCUUCUGGUGUUCCAAACAGCAGUAAACAACUCCAGAAGUACAAGGGCAUUGUCGGUACGUUUGGAUUCAAAGAACCUGGUAAAUAUUACUACGAAGUGGAUGUGUCGUUCACAAUACAUCAACCAUUGGAAGAAACAUGGCUGGUGUUCGAAUUAGGGAUAGGCAGAGCAGACGACAUCGACAAGCAUCACACAGUGGAACGCCAUGAACAUUCCCGAUCAUGUUAUGUUGCCCGAUAUCCGGAAGACGGCAAACUAGCACAAGAAUUCUGGCACAACCGUGAUCUUUUGUCCUACGUGCCCUUGUCCGACAACACAACAGGCCUGUCAGUCGACGUGACGUAUGGUCUGGUGGUGGACACAAAGAGGAGGAAGUGGACGGUGUCCGAUAUAAAGCGAGAAAAGAAACUUCAUACAUUUACUGGAAUCGAUUUUUCGGAACCCCUCAUCCCUGUGUUUGGCACGUACAACCCUGACCUUGUUAGUGUCGAGAUGAACAUUAGAACGGGGUCAGAAAUAACGUCAUUUCCAGCAUUCCUUAAAGGUUAUUAA